AUGGCACAGCUUAAUGCCCUCUCGCCCUCGCAUCUCAAUGACCUGGAUACUAUGGGCUGCGAGCUUCCUUUUCAUGGUUCAGAAAUGCUGUCUCUCACCGAUCCGUUGUUCACUUCGCUCAUGGAGGGAAUGGAGACAUCCGAUUCUCUCUUGAAUACGGCGCCUCCAAUGCAGCCUCGGAGCUGCUGUUUUGUCACUUGCCUGGACCUCUUACGGGGUCUCUUUCCGAACGCCCAUGUCGGAUGUGAACAGUCAAACAAGGAUGGACUGACUAAGGUCUGCACCAUCGAGUCGGUCAUUGAGGACAACAAGCAAACCCUGGAGACCGUGCAGGCAGUUCUUGAAUGCCAAUGUGGGAAUGAUGGGUAUGUGAUUUCCCUUGUUUGUCUGAUCGUUAUCAGGGUUCUCGGAUGGUACAUCGCCGUGGCUCGAGAUCCACCAGGAUACCCACAAGACAAAGCGUUCAGCAGCACGAGCAGCGAGGGAAGUGAUCCAGACAGCCGUCGCCCAUCCGUAUCGUCCUAUGAGGAGCAGAUACUAAGUCUGCCUCCGUUCAUAGACAGUUGUUUCGUCGAUAGCCUCCAACAGAGUCGAAUGGCGGCGCAGCUCGUGCUGGGAGAACUGUACCGAGUGCAACAGGUCGUAUCCCUCGUCGGAUGUCGGUUAGAGAAUACACGGCACCAAUUCAUUGGUAACGACUUUCGUGGGAGUACCAGCCCGCUCUCGAGUAGUCUACCAGAUUCUUCAGGCCGACUGCUGCCAAUGGCUGGGACGGCGACGCCCUUUUUGUCGCCUUCCACGUUGAACCACCUGGAAGAAGACGUUCGAAAUCGACUACGGGCUGUCGCCUCGGGAAUAAUUGACAUUCUUCGGCAAGGAUAA